AUCAAUCAUGGGAGAAGAGACGGGAAGAAUCAGAAAAGAUAAAAGUCAAAAUAAAGACUUGCAAGACCUCAAAUAGCAAUCUGCUGUUUUCUGGAGAUCAUCACCCCAACAGCAGGCAGGGUACAGACACAAUGAAAUGUCUACAGGACCAGCUGAGGCAGGAAAUGGAAGAACAUAUUACAGAAGGUAAAGGGAAUGCAGAAAAGGUCCAGGAGAGGGUAGCGAGAAUCCAGCAGCUGAAGGAGGCUCUCAGGGAGGAGACACUCAAGAGUGGAGCUGCUACUGGGAAUUCCCCUGCCUGUCAACAAUCUCAGUUGGAAUACAACAAAGCAGAGGAACGGAGGAGGCAACUUAAGGAGGAUCAUGGGAGAUUAAUUCAGCAGGAGGUGGAGAAGAUGGAGAGAGACUUGGCACAGGAAAACCUACCGAAAGAAGGUCCUCAGAGGGACUUGCUGGUACUGACCAGAGAGAGACAGGUCCUAGUACUGCAGAUAGAGGCCCUGCGUGCCGAGGCCCAGCAAGCUGAAAAAGACCUACAGGAUCAAUAUGACAGACACCGAGCAGAGCUGCACUGUCUCAGGGAGGAGAGCCUGCAGGUGUUCAGAGUGUUUCGUCAGGUAAGCGAAGAGCAGAGAAAGAUUUCAGAGGGCAGAUACAGAAGUGUGCUGCUGGAAGCGGUGCAGGAUGCCAUCUACUUGUCUGCACAGAACCAGCAGCUGCAGGCAGAGAAUAAGCAACUCCGUAAAUCAGCAGGAGAACUGAAGGAUAUGCUAGCUGCACAAGGUGAUCCCGUGGCUGAUCUCCCGUCAACACUGAAUGUGUGACUUGAAUGUCUUUACGCAGCAGUGUGCGGACUGUAAAUCACGAGAAAUAAAUGUCAAAUAAAAAACUAUUUUUUGACAGU